UUGUGCAAAUUGAGGUAACCUGAGCGUGAAUAGCGUCGUAGACUUGCUCAGUAAAUGUUCAUUGCCUCCUACUGUUAAGAGCUGUGAAGAUGUCUGACAAAAAACGUAUCAUUGCCAAGGCUUCCCUGAUUGAGCAGCUGGUGGCUAAAAGGUAUUUUGAGGAUAUUGGCAAACAUCUGACUGAACUUGAAAUGAUAUAUGUGUCUAAGGAGCAUCUCCAGGAAACAGAGUUAGUCAGAGCUGUAUACAGAGUCCUCAAAAACUGCCCCUCCGUGGCUUUGAAAAGGAAGGCCAAGUGUCUACUGGCAAAAUGGAGAACUUUCUAUAAGAGUACACACCUCAAAACAAAGGAAAGCCUUAAAUUACUCCCUUCUAAUGUUAAUGAAGAAAAACAUGCAGCAGUUUCUCAGGAGGUGAGCCAGGAUGGGGCAUCAGGUUUUAGCCAUGAUGAGAUAGCAGGUCUCUGCAGUUCUCUCUCUAGGCUGGCAUCUCAAGAUGCUGAAAAGCACGCUGCAGCAGUUGAGUCUGAAAGUAGUGCCACUCAAAUGGAAAUUAAUGAAGAAUAUUUGGGGGAUGUUGACCCUGAAUCUACUAGCAAGAGCUCAAGUGUGUUACAAGAUCCCCUAGUGUCUCUUAGAUCUAAAUGCAUAGAGCUUCUUUACACAGCAUUAGCUAGUUUUUCCACAAAUGACAUGAAAACUCAUUUGUGGCAGAGAUUUGCAAGAGAAAUUGAAGAGCACAUUUUUACCCUUUAUUCAAGCAACAUCAAAAAAUACAAAACUUGUAUUCGAAGCAAAGUUGCCAAUUUGAACAACCCCAGGAAUUCUCAUUUACAACAAAGCCUGCUGUCUGGAAUCAUGUCUACAAGAGAAUUUGCUGAAAUGACUGUCCUGGACAUGGCAAAUGAGGAACUGAAGCAGUUGAGAGCUUUCUACACAGAAGCCAGUAUUCAGGAACAUCACCUUCCCCACACAGUGGACGGCAUACAGACAGAUAAAAUAAAGUGCAAGCGCUGUGAGAAAUACAACUGCAAGGUCACUGUAAUUGCCAGAGGAACACUUUUCCUUCCAGUCUGGGUGCAGAAUUCAAACCCAGAUGAACAAAUGACCUAUGUCAUUUGUAAUGAAUGUGGGGAACAGUGGUACCAUAACAACUGGGUGUGCUUGUAAUUUGUAUAUAAUCCCUUCAGGGUCAUAUGUUUUACAUGUAUAACAUAACCCUUUUGUGCUCGUUUUUUACAGAAUCUUACUGUUAUUUUUGUCUGGGAUUUUGGUUUGUGAAAGAGCUCACUAUGUAGCCAAAGCUGGCCUCGGUCUCCUGAGUGCUCUAAGUGUAAGUGUACGCUGUCACACCUGGCUGGGUAUACUGUUCUACUCCAGUUCUCGGAACAAGGACCCAGAGUUGUUUGCCAAAGUUAAGGUCAUUGUUGCUAAAAGUUGUUUUGGAAGAGUAGAAGACUAUCACUCUGUACUUUUUGACCAUUUAUAGAGUGGCAGUGUAGUACCACAUGGCCUAAGAACAUGUUAGAGGGACAGACUCUGACCCUAUACUCCUUUGAAUCCUGAUCUGCAUCUUGGCAGAAUCCCCAGGUCAUCCUCUGAGAUACCUUGAGAAGCACUGAUAUAGCUGCAGGCCUGUGGCUCUCAGGAGUGACUAUACAUUGGAGUUUACUAGAGAGCAUUAAAAGUGUACAGGUGCCAAGGGUCAAGCCUGGAAUAAUUCAGUCUGAACCUAUGGCAUGGGACCCAGGCAUCAACAUUGUUCUGGUCAUUUCUCAGUUUAAGUUGCAGUUAGAGUUGAGAACUACAUGUAAAUAGUCUCAUUUGAACAUUUCUAUAGUUCUGAAGAAAUGAAUGUUAUUCUGGAGAUAU